CGCUCGCCUUGUGUUGUGUGGACUAGUGGCGUCCGUUGUGGCAGCCAUGCGCCCCGAAAAGAUCGCCGUCGAUUCCUUGGAGUAUUUGACGGACAAAAUUAUUGUUUUCUUCUUUUUGGUGCCCAGUUAAUCCAGCCUCCUCGGUUCGUGGCUCGCGUUGGUUGCUUGGCUCAGGCGCUGCGGCGGCGGCGGUUCUCGUGCUGCUUUCCCCGAUUGGCAUGCCAAGAUUCUCAAGUCCAGUCCGUCAGUGAGCUGCUUCUGUUUGUCCGGACGGCAUGGAGCAGCCGGCGUCCCGGAAAGACGGGGACGCGUUGCCGGGCUACGCCGUCAUGGAAUUGGAGGACGUCGCGGUCGGCGACCUGGAUCUCAUGGAGGAGCUGUUCAUGGCGGCGCCGGGGUUCGAUUUCUCCGACUUCUCGCAGCCCGGGGCCGACGCGCCCCCGGGGGCCUGCUUCUCGCCGCUGUUCGACAUCUGCAGCACCACCACCACGGCGACUCCCCCCGCGCCGGCGGGCGAGGACGACAGGGACGACCCGGAGAGGGCCGACUGGCCCGAGGCGGACGUGGCCGCCCCGCCGCGCCCCGCCUGGCUGUUCCAGCCCGGGCAGGAGGUGGAGGCCACGGUGAGGGAGCGGCUGCGGCGCGCGCUGGAGCGCAUCGCGUCGCUGUCGCAGACGCAGCCCGGGGAGCUGCUCGCGCAGGUCUGGGUCCCCACGCUCAUCGGCGACCGCCAGGUGCUCACCACGUGCGGGCAGCCCUUCUGGCUGGACAGCCGGAACCAGCGCCUCGCCAAUUACCGCUCGGUGUCGAUGAAGUACCAGUUCUCCGCCGACGAGAGCGCGCGCGCCGAGCUGGGUCUGCCCGGCCGCGUCUUCGUCGGCCGCGUCCCCGAGUGGACGCCCGACGUCCGCUACUUCUCCACCGAGGAGUACCCGCGCGUCCGCCACGCGCAGUCCUUGGACAUCCGCGGCAGCGUCGCGCUCCCCAUCUUCGAGCCCCGCACCCGGGCAUGCCUCGGCGUCAUCGAGCUCGUCAUGACCACGCAGAAGAUCAACUACAACGCCGAGGUCGAGAACAUAUGCAGUGCUCUCAAGGAGGUUGAUCUCAGAAGCACCGAUGUUUCAAGUGAUCCCCAUGCAAAUGUGACCGAUUCUUCUUACCGAGCAGUUGUACCGGAGAUCAUUGACGUUCUCAGAACUGUUUGCGAGAGACACAAGCUGCCACUAGGACAGACAUGGAUACCAUGCAUCUGCCAAGCAAAGAGGGGAAGCCGCCACUCCAAUGAAAAACUCAAGUACUGCGUGUCCACUGUGGAUGAGGCAUGUUACGUUCGUGACCUAGCUGUAAAGGGCUUUCACCAAGCUUGCUCCGAUCAUCAUCUGUUCAGGGGUGAGGGUGUUGUUGGUAGGGCAUUUGGGACAAACGAGCCAUGUUUCUCCCCGGACAUUACUGCCUACAGCAAGGUCCAAUACCCUCUCUCACAUCAUGCAAAACUUUUCAGCUUGAGGGCUGCAGUUGCCAUCCGGUUGCGAAGUAUUAGGACUGGAAGCCUUGACUAUGUCUUGGAAUUCUUCCUGCCUGUGGACUGUAUAGAGAGCGAAGAGCAACGGGCCAUGCUUAAUUCUUUGUCCAUUACAAUACAGCAGACCUGCUAUACAUUACGAGUGGCCAGCUUGAAAGAACUGGUGGAUGAAGGAUCAUUUGAAACAAGUACACUAACUCCAGCAGAAUUUUACGACAAGCCUAUUCAUGAAAACUUGGAUGACGUUUGUAGGAACAUUGAAGUUCCUGCGAGGACAACAUCGCUGGAAACUUCUGAAGAGGUAUCUUCAUGGAUUGCAAGCCUUGUGGAUGCUCAAAGUAAGGGAGCAAAAGAAAUGUUUGGUGACCUGCCAUUUGGAUUCAGCAAGCAAGAGGAUGAAGGGUUCAGUGUUACGGCUGGCUGGCAUACUUCACCUGUACUAGGCCCGAAAGGUAGCAUCUUUUCAGGGUUUAAGCAGCACGAAGAAUAUGAGGUCAAGGAGCCAAUUUGUUCCAGAGGUUCAAGCCCUUCCAACAUGAACAAAACAGUAGAGAAGCCACGCACUAAGAUGGAGAAAACUGUUAGCCUGGAAGAGCUUCGAAAGCAUUUUGCUGGCAGCCUGAAAGAAGCUGCAAAGAAUUUAGGAGUGUGCCCUACAACAUUGAAGAGAAUAUGUAGGCAACAUGGAAUUAAUCGUUGGCCAUCACGGAAGAUUAAGAAAGUUGGGCACUCCCUGAAGAAACUGCAAAUGGUGAUUGAUUCGGUACAUAGUGCUGAAGGAACAGUUCAACUCAGCUCACUCUACGAAAACUUUACCAAAACCACAUGCCAAAGCUCAAACUCCAGCCAUGGUUGUUCCAGUGGUUCAAAAUCACAACAGAAUGGCAAUGCUCCUCAGCUUGCAGUCAAGCAAGAAGUUUUAAUGGAGGAGAAUCAGAGCUCCACACUACUGAAUGCUGCGAGCCAUGCAGAACUGCUGAUGUUUACUGAAGAAAGGCCUGUCGCCCUGCCUAGGUCUCAGAGUCAAAUGCUUUUAAGUGAACAAAAGCCAGAGGAAAACAUGUCAGGCAUGCAAAAGUCUAAAACCGAUUCUCUCAAAAUAAAAGCCAUGUAUGGUGAAGAAAGAUGCAUAUUCCGACUUCAACCUAGUUGGGGUUUUGAAAAGCUAAAAGAAGAAAUUGUUAAGCGGUUCAGUAUUGCUCAGGAGAUGUAUGUGGACCUGAAGUACUUGGAUGAUGAAUCUGAGUGGGUUCUUUUAACAUGUGAUGCUGACCUGCUGGAGUGUAUUGAUGUCUACAAGUCAUCAAGUGCUCAAACAGUAAGAAUCUUGGUAAAUGUUAAUGUUCAGCCAGUGCUUGGUCCUUCCUUUGGUCAAACUGGUUUGUCCUGACAUUGGCACUAUACCAAACCAGGAUGCAGAACAAGCAUCAACAUCUUUCAUUGAAGGAGUUUGACAUGGCCCUCAGUUUUAAGUCGUGAUAUGCACAGGCUGAAUCUGUAAAUACCUAUACUUCUGUUAUCAUCCAAUGGUCAUAUGGCCAGCAAACUGUGUUCAACCAAUGGUCAAGUGGUCUCUAAAGUUCUGUCUCCUGGGUAUGUGCUAGGAGUGGAAAGGAUGUGCUUGUCAAUGUUCCCUGUCAGCGGUUGGGUACUGCAUACAGUCUGGUUCGUGGCAGCUGAAGAUGGAAAUCUGUGCUUCUAGUUCAGUUUCAUAACUGUAGAAUUAGUCUAUUCCAGUUACCAAACUAGUGUACAGAAAAUAUAGGCCAUAGGGUUAACUAGUAGUGAUUUGCCGAAAUGAAGCUUUGGAUUAGGUUUAGCUGGUUAGUGCACAGAUUUGAGUCCUUUGGGGGGUUUUAGCCGUUCCAAAAUUGUGUACUGUUCCCUUUGAGGUUCAACUUUUGAAAGAUCGCCCGGAAGUUACAAGAUUUGGAAUCAACAGAAUUUGCCAAUGCUACAAUGCAUCCGACCUGGAAUGCUGAAGCGCCUCCUCACCAGUAGGCAAAGGAUACAUGAGAGCAGGGCACCUGGAGCUCAAGAGCGCUGGCGAGGCAACAGUGCACGCAUCAAGCUCGUCUCCUUAUUCCAAGUGCAACUUUGUUGGUACCGGAUCGAUGUUAAAAUCAGAUGUCGUAUGGACGCUAAACAGUUCGCAGUUUUUUUAUGUCUCUGCUUCACCCUUUCAGAAGGGAUGGUGAAUAAUUUGUCAAGUUAGAAUGCUGGACAUGUCUAGUCUCCUAGACCCCAGUGAUCCAUGUAGAUUUUUUUCGUGCUCAUUUUCUUCCUGUACCGGAAAUCUCGAAUACUAGAAUGUUUUGAGGUAUUCUGUUGUGUAUUUAUGCUCAGUUUGCAAAUGUACAUUUAUUUCAGAAAUCAUGAUCUGUAAUUCUGUA